AAAAGCAUUAAAAUGUGAUUAUCACCGGUUAUUAAAAGCGCUUUAGGUAUAGAUUAUUUCAUUUCACGGCAUUGGGGUCUAAUGCCCUAUAUAAGGCAAUUUUUUGGUUUCGUUUUCGCUUUCCUAAGAGCAACCACCAUCAAGAUGUGGAUCUUGAAGAAAGAACAGCUUUGCGCCCUUUUCCUUUUCGCUAUAUUGCUGCCAACCGAAUCAUUUUUACUGAAAAAAAUACAUCAUGUGAAAAAUAAGCUGAAGGACUUUUUUAAACCUGAUCCUGAAAUGCAUAUUAUACCACUACCUGCAGUCAUUCACGAAGCCAAACAGGAGGUAUUUAAGCAACCUGUACUGAAAGAAAUUCAACAGCCGCAGGUGGUUGUAGAAUCUCAUCCCAUCUAUAUACCCAUUCCUGUACAAGGCUCCUCGCAAGGCUCUAGGAUUCAAAAUCCAUUCCUUGUUCCACCAAAUUCACAGGGAAGCUCGGAUCAAAACAGGGAGCAGAAGGAUAUUUCGACUCAGCUUUUGACAGAAGAGACUAGAGUAGGCUAUGGGGAUCGAAAUCCAUUCCUUGUUCCACCAAAUUCACAGGGAAGCGCAGAUCAAAACAGGGAGCAGAAGGAUAUUUCGACUCAGCAUUUAACGGAAGACGGUUUCGGGAUUCUGCCCGUGUCGCAAUCCAACUCACAAACGCAGUUCCAGAAUCAAGCUUCGUUAACAUCCCAGUCAGAAUCAAAUUCUGAAUCUUCCUCAAAAUACAACACACAAUCAGAGUCUUCUAAGGCACAAAUACUGGCGCAGCGAGAAAAAGAAGUAGAGUUUCAAUUAAAUAUCCUACGACAGCUGCAACUUAAACAAUUAGAAGAGCUAAAAAAGUCACAUGAACAGGCAGAAAUAAACCAAAAGCAAAGACCUCAACCUACACGAGAAACAGUACUUGGACCAUCGCCCCCAGUAGGGAACUUAAGGGACCCUAGCUUGAUACAGUCAGUUCCCGGAGAUCUCAUCGUUACAGAGAUUCAAGUACCUACAAUCGGAAAUUCGCAAGUUGUUGUUACUGAGGAUAGUUUAAGCAAACGCAUAAUAGCAAGACUGCUACGUCAGCAACGGAAGAUAGAGAAGCAGCAGCGAAGAUUAAAAAAAUUGUUGGAGAGAAACGCACAGCAAGAACGCAACGAGCAGGUACGCUUGUCUUACCGAAAACAGAUGCAAGCUCAGAAAAAGGUCCAAAGACAGCUAAAAGAACUGCUGGACGAAGUGUUGCGGGAGGAAGAGCAGAAUCAGAAGAAUCUAAUUUUAAAGCAUCAACUUGAGAAGCAAAUUGAAUUAUCAAUUGAAAGGCAGAAAAACCAAGACUUGGAAGAGCUAGUGAAAAGACAGAAACAGUUGAAUGAACACUUAAUAAAUAAUCCCCUAGUUUUGGGAUUAGACCCAAGGCUGGUAAUAAAAAAUGAUAGCUCAAAUCAGAGUGAAAGUAAAUCGAAUUCGGAACAGAGUAGCCAGAGUUCGUCAUCCCAGUCACAGUCGUCCGGAUCCCGAAAUCAUCAGUCGGAUGGUCAUUCUUUUGCAAAUUCUCAAUCUGAGUCGUCUCAGUCUUCGUCUCAAUCGUCUUCUCAAUCGUCGUCCUCCAACUCGUCAUCAUCACAUAUAUUAAGAGCACUCGGUGUUUAAACAUUAUGCACGGCAUAAAUCUCCCAUUACAAUGACUGAAUUUAAUUUUGAAUUUAAUUUUUCCCAGAUCUGUAGUCCAAGAAAUGUUUUUUUCCCCAAAGUAUUAAAAUAAAUACCUACCCAUUUGACUGUGCAACAAACAUAUAAAUUUACUAAAAUGCAAAGUUAAAUUUCAAGGUUGCCUGUCAUAAUUUGAUUAACUUGAAGCCAAAUCUUAACUCUCUCCACUGGCGGAUAACCCUUAAGGAUUAACUUUCUAUUUCAUCCCCAUACAACCCUCAACGAAUGGCAGCUGGCGAGCCUUGUUAACUCGCAAAUGCCCCUCAAAUGUUGAUUUAGCCAUGGUCUUCUUACUCAAGCGUUGAUAAUGCUGCGAAUAAGCAUAUAUAGCUAAUUUAACAAGCAAAGAGUAAAAGGGAGAUAAAAUGUAUCAUCCUGUCCGAAGUGCAGGCAAAAUUAACAUAUGUCUAAGCUGGGACACGCGAUACCGGAUGGCUGCAAAACUGGUUUCCCACAUUCGCUCCGCUUCACUUUUGUGUAAUGUUUGUGCAAAGUAUUUAGUGCAGUAAUUGAGAUGGAAAUAAAAAAUAACAAAAGGAAAA